UCUGGUCUUCUACAUCCGGGUAAUCAGAUAAAAGAUGGCAGCCCACAGUGAGAAAUCAGCCGGUAUGAGUAACAUGCUGCAAUUUAUGAAACUUAUCGGACAGCUAAAAAGGGUCCCACGGACCGGCUGGGUGUACAACAAUGUGAGGAAUCCUGAGAGCGUGUCAGACCACAUGUACAGGAUGGCGAUGAUGUCUCUGACCAUCACUGACCCCACAGUAGACAGAGACAGGUGCAUAAAACUUGCACUUGCCCAUGAUAUGGCAGAGUGCAUUGUGGGAGAUAUUGCACCGUCAGACAACGUCAGUAAAGCAGAGAAACACAGGAGAGAGGAGGAAGCAAUGAGGCAUCUGUCAAGUCUGCUGCCGGACGGUCUGAAACAGGAGAUUUAUGCUCUCUGGGAGGAGUACGAAUCCCAGAGCAGUCCAGAGGCCAGGCUGGUGAAACAGUUUGACCUCCUGGAGAUGAUCAUGCAGGCUCACGAGUACGAAGAGCUGGAGGGAACGCCGGGAAGACUGCAGGAGUUCUUUGACUCCACCGCAGGUCGCUUCCACCACCCAGACGUCCUCCAGCUGGUCAGCUCGCUAAACGAACAAAGAGGAAGCAGCACCAAGGAGCUGAAGGAAUCACAGACCGACUGUCCAGAACCUCAACACUAACAAUGUCACAAAUGUUCUGACUGCAAAAAAAAGGGGGGAGAAAAAAAAAUUCUGCUGUUGGAUGAAGAAACAAAGAAGGAGAGAAGCCUGCAUGUGCAAGAAGAGCCAAUCAGAGGAGGUGAAAUCCUACUUCAUCUGUUCAGAUCAGCAGAUAAUGAAACUUUAGUUGUUUUUUUUUAUUUUACAACAGAUGUGGAUUUACCACAAAUCAAAAUCAAGUUCAUGAUUUCUUUUUCUACAAAUGAGUCACCUUCAAAAUGGUGCCACCAUAGAGACUGCUGCUGUUUAAUAUGGUCAAAUAUGUGCAGCAAUUUACUGAACAGAAAGGAUUUUGUUCAAGUUAUUGUAGCUGGUAAUAAUAGUCGGCAAAAUAUAAAAGUGGAAGUUUUGCUGCAUUAUCUGAGAUCUUUUUUCAUAUAUAUAUAUAUAUAUAAAAAAAAAAACAGGACUUUCCAACUGAAAGUUUCCUACAUCAACCAGGUUUAUUGAUGAGCUUUAAACACUUUAACAUUAUACAUAUCAGGUAAAUCCAACGUCACAAAAGUUAUCUAUAAAAAAAAAAGUAGUAACUGUCAUAACACCAAUGGUUUCUUCCAUAAUAUGGAGUUUUCAUGCAGAAUAUGCCUGGGAGGAACAGAAACGCAUACAAAAUGAGUUUGUGAAUUAGUUGUUUUUUUUUUUACAUGCUUCAGGAUAUUGCAGUAAAUUUUGCAUUAAUUUCAUAUUUGCCAAGUUAAAUCAGGCUUGUACAUUCAGCGUCGCUCUCUUUACAUUUUCUUUGGGUUGAUAACUGUUAACGGUUUAUAUUGACAUGUGAUUAUGGAGUCUUAUAUGGCUGUAUUUAUUGCAUAAACGCAAACUGUGUCCUUUGUAUUUUUCAUUAACACAAAACAUUACCUCGACAAAUGACUCUUAGUACCUGAAUCCGGAUGCGAGUUUCAUAAAAAAAAAAAAAGAAAGAAAAAGUUUAACUCUGGCGCCCUCUAGAGCCACGGGAAAGAAAUCCUUCAUUAUCCGAAAUCUAUAAAAUAAUAAAGUUAUUUUCAUGGCAAAGUUACAGAGCCCACACAGAUUCAAUCAAAAAAGAAAA